AGUGGCGUCAGGGGCGGAUGGCCCGCGUGGUGCUGCAGGAUGAGGACAUCACCACCAAGAUAGAGAACGACUGGAAGAGACUCAACACACUCAUGCACUACCAGGUGUCUGACCGCUGUGUGGUGGCUCUGGUGCCCAAACAGACCUCUUCCUACAACAUCCCCCCGUCAGCCAGCAUCUCCAGGACCUCCAUCAGCAGAUAUGACUCAUCCUUCCGGUACACAGGUAGUCCAGACAGUCUGCGUUCCCGUGCCCCUAUGAUAACCCCUGACCUGGAGAGUGGGGUCAAGGUGUGGCACCUGGUCAAGAACCACGAGCAUGGAGACCAGAAGGAGGGAGACCGAGGCAGCAAGAUGGUCUCUGAGAUAUACCUGACCAGGCUGCUGGCCACCAAGGGUACCCUGCAGAAGUUUGUGGAUGACCUGUUUGAGACGUUGUUCAGUACCGUCCACCGGGGUAGCGCCCUGCCCCUCGCCAUCAAAUACAUGUUUGACUUCCUGGACGAGCAGGCGGACAAACACGGCAUCCACGACCAAGAUGUCCGCCACACAUGGAAGAGCAACUGUCUUCCACUGCGGUUCUGGGUGAACGUGAUCAAGAACCCCCAGUUUGUGUUUGACAUCCAUAAGAGCAGCAUCACAGACGCCUGUCUGUCUGUGGUGGCCCAGACCUUCAUGGACUCCUGCUCCACCUCCGAACACCGCCUGGGCAAGGACUCUCCCUCCAACAAGCUGCUGUACGCUAAAGACAUCCCCAACUACAAGAGCUGGGUAGAAAGGUACUACGCCGACAUUAACCGUCUGCCAGCCAUCAGUGACCAGGACAUGAAUGCCUACCUGGCAGAGCAGGCCAGGCUCCACUCCACAGAGUUUAACAUGCUCAGUGCUCUCAACGAGAUCUACUCCUAUGUCUCCAAAUACAGUGAGGAGAUCACCAUGGCCCUGGAGCAGGACGAGCAGGCUAAGAAACAGCGUCUGGCCUACAAGGUGGAGCAGCUCAUCUCAGCCAUGUCCCUGGAGAGCUGAGACAGACCACGGGAUUAGACGACUGGACCGGCCCGGGAUGUCCAUCAGCCACCCAACAAACAGUCCCGAUACUCACCGUGUGAUGGACAACUAACCACCACGGACCUGGGACAUUUUUAAAUCCACAAACAAAGAGUUUUGUUUUUAUCUUAUUUUCCUCUUGUGCCAUAUUGCCACCACCUGGCUAAAAGACGCCAUAGUCUCUGGAAACAUGGAUGGUGAUGAUGAUGAUGUAAGGUGGGACAACCACACCACAGACCUCCAUAAAGGCUACAUGGCAUAUUUCUUUCCAAAGGAUAUUAUUUUUGUGUUGUGUGUGUAUAGCCCUGAAGGAGAGAUUUGUUGAGAGACAGAACAAACAGAGGGGAGAUCUUAUAGUCAGAUACACUCUCUGUCUGCUCAACUCACAACAGAGACACUGAAAGAAGAAGAAGAGAGAUGGAGGAUAAAGACUUCUCAUGUUUGAUUCCAGAGAUAUUCUUCCUGAGUUUUGCUUCCAUAUGUUUAUUUUUGUAUGUGUACAUUUGAUUGUAUUGGUUGCAGUUGAGCCAUCUUCCUCUUGAUACAUGGACAUUGUUGUACUGUAAAAAGUCAAAGGUUGUGUUAUAACACAUGUUAUAGGCUGGUGUAGCCAUCAGAAAGACAUGGUGCAAUGUCAUGUCUUGUCCUGUUCUCCUCUGUUCUCCUCAGACAGUAUUACCAUUCAUUAUCAACAUGAUACUCGAGACCAAGUGGACAGAACCCAGCUCUGACUGUAACCCAUCAGCCCUGUACAGAAACCAACCAAAUGCAUCCUCAUCGUACGAGAGCGAACGGAACUCAGAACAGACCUCUUCUGGAGGGGUCAAAGUUCAACCAGCAUGCUUAUGAACCCCAAACCCCUUCACCCUGUGUGAUAAGAGAAAAUACACAGGUCCACAGAGUAUGUUGGGUAUAAGGAGAAAACAACAACCAGCCAUACUGGUUUAUAUAAGACCCUCCUCAGCAGUAACGUCAUCUGUAUGUACUGUAGGUUCUGUUUCAUACAUGUCAAUGUAUGUGAAUGUACAAAAGCAGAUGUGGGUUUUUCUUUUUUGUUUGGGUUUGUUUUCUAAACAAAAUGGAGUUAGUUGAACAGAACUCUAUAAUGUCUAAAUAGAUGGCCAACUGAACAUGUACUGAAAAGGCAUUCGUCCUAGUACUUUGCCCCACUCACAAUGUUUUACCUGUUAUCAAAUCUCUAUCUCUAUCAUAGGAGGGUGUGUACUAUGCCGUCUGUAUUGUAGGCGUCUUUGCCGUGGCUACGCUGCCCUUAACGUACAAAUACCAUAAUAUACUGGAGACUAGAUUCUAGAGGCCUGCCAAGAUGGGGACUGAGGCCGUCAGGCCGGCGGCAGCAAUAGUGAAAAUACUCCGAAAUAUAACCAUUGUUUGUGUGGCUUUUGGGGAUCAGAUCAAGUGUGUGUGUAAAACUUGCAUGCAUCGUAUCACAUGUCAGAAGAAGUGUUUUAAAGGUCUCUUUGUUUUUUAAGUGCCAAUGGAUCAGGCUAGCUGGAGAUGGCCAGCAGCUAAAUGUUAGCAGACGUUCCUUUUCUACCCAACUACUACACCAACAACAAUGUCUUUCUACAAGAUAGUAAGAAGAAGCCUGUGUGGUUUGAGUAAGUGCCAAAAGAUCCUGUCGUUUUAAAUUAUUCACUGAUGUGUCCAAAUCGAUGAAUGCUUUACAGAGGGAGCCAGCCAAGCCCUCAAACUGAAGUAGAGUCUGUAGAGAGGUGCUCAUGUAACUGGAUGCUUGUGAACAGGCAGCAGGUACGAAGGAAGGUACUGUAGUAGGCUCAGGAGAGACACAACUCCGUAUAAAAGUUACUUGCCCUUUUUUGUUUUUGGCAAGAAGAAAAUAUCUCAACCGCAAGCAUGGACAAAAGAGGAUAUAAACGUCAGACAUAAUGCAUGUUACAUUACCAGGUAGAUCUUUGGUAAGAUUGGAUUGUCCUGUACCAAACUUAACCCAUUCAUGAAAGGAUAUAUAGAGUGACUUCCCGUGAGGAAUAAGAGGGAACCUGACAUGUACUCGUCAUAGCUGGAUGACCACAUACUGUAGAUUCCCUCUUCUGGAUUAGUGACCACCACCAUUCUCUUUUCUCCAGACUUUGAUGUUUGCUCAUUGUUUACAUCAGUACUUGAAACUAGGUAGUAUUAAAGGUGUACAGUAUAAUUACAUUAUUUAUGGAUGGAGAAAAUAUAACACUAAUGUUGAUGGAUGAAAGGUGCUUAUUAUUUUCUCUGCUGCCUUAGAGCUUCAAAUGAACCAACCAUAAAACCCCUGAUUUCUCCUGAUUCUUCUUCACCACUUCGACACUAAUCUACAGCCUCUGGAGGCUCCAUUUUGUUGAAUUUGACACUGUCCUUUUGAUAAGGUUCCUGGGCUGCCACGGUGUGUGAAGAAGUGAAAAGGUGAAGAGGGUAUGACCUGGUUCUGUACAGGAAGGUGGGUGGUGAUUCAGUCAUCUCGCCAGAGCUGUUUGAAGAGUAGAGCUCAGUCAGAAACGAGAAACACCUUUAUUUUUUUCCUACUUUUUCUCCCCAAUUGGUAGUUACAGUCUUGUCCCAUCGCUGCAACUCCCGUACGGACUCGGGAGAGUCACCGGUCGAGAGCCAUGCAUCCUCCGAAACACAAUCCUGCCAAGCCGCACUGCUUCUUGACACACUGCUCGCUUAACCUGGAAGCCAGCCGCACCAAUGUCUCGAAGGAAACACCGUACAACUGGCGACCGUGUCAGCGUGCACUGCGCCCGGUCCGCCACAGGAGUUGCUAGUGCGCGAUGGGACAAGGACAUCCCCGCCAGCCAAACCCUCCCCUAAGCCAGACGACGCUGGGCCAUUUGUGCGCCGCCUCAUGGCUCUCCCGGACAUGGCCGGCUGCGACACAGCCCGGGAUCGAACCCGGAUCUGUAGUGACGCCUCAAGCACUACCGAUGCAGUGCCUUAGACCGCUGCACCACUCGGGAGGCCCUGAGAAACCCCUUUAGCUCUGAUUUCCUGCUUUGAAGCAGUGAUUUCAUCGGAGUGUAGUUGUGUGAUCAGGAGAUGAAAAAACACAUCAAAACUGGUAAAGAGAAAUGCAGGGAGACCACAUGAUUGGCAUGGUAUUAAUAUCUCCAGCCAAGCGGGGUGGAUGGGUAUAGGGAGAGAGGGGGGGAUGUCUGUUGGCCCCCUGGUAAGCAGUAACUACUCCUGCUCAACACAAAUACCGUGUCUAUAGGUGCACUCUAAAUAUAGACACAGACACUCAUGCUCAAAUGUACCUUGUAUAUUGUUACGCUAUAUUCUCCAUAGUAGUAACAGAUUAAAGGCCCAAGGCAGAUGUUUUUUUAUCUCAAUCUAAAAUCAUUUCUGGGUAACAAUUAAGUACCUUACUGUGAUUGUUUUCAAUCAAAAUGGUCAAAAACAAAACAAAAUAGCUUUUCAUCAAGAGCAAUUUCUCAAGCAAAACUCCAUCCCACCAAAACAGGCUGAAAUUACAGGCUUUUCAAACAGCUCUUACACUAAAAGGGUAUUAUCAUAUUUUUCACGAUUUCACAGUAUUAUUCCACCUCAUGUUUUUGACUGCACUGGGCCUUUAAAGGAAAAAGUGGGAUUUGACUUGAACAAAGUUUGCUUUUCUCUUAAGGGACCUUUAUUUAAUGUUCUGUUUUUGAUUUGUCUUUAUUUUCAUAAACUACUCUUCACUGUUUUUGCUUCACUGUUCUUAAAAUUAUCAAUCUAACUUUGUAUUUUGGUCAGCAUGCCAUAACACCAAUAGAAAAUACAUUUCACACAUCGUAUUAUUCCUUCAGUCUUAACUCACAUCUGUCUGCGUCUGACGUUUUGUGAAAGAGAUUUUCAUUGUUAUUUUCAUACUAUACACUUUUGUAUUUCUUGGGAGAUGAUGACAUUCAAUAAGAAAUUAAAAGGUACAUUUUUUAUAAUUACGUAUGUUUGACAUUCUGCAGCGCAGAAUUUAAUUUCACAGCCAGUUAAUGGUCUCUGAGACAUGUUGCAGUUGAUACACGUUGGCGAUAGAAUAUUAUUAAACGGCGACUUCAUUUCCACUACAGAAGACAUGAGACCUAAUUGACGAAGAUUGUGCACUUUUCUGCUCUUGGCGCUGUAGGUGAUGUAGUGAUGGGUUUACUGCUAUGUUUCAUUAAACACAGAAAAACAAUAAUUAUUCACCUUUUUCUUUUCUCGUGAUGUCAGUGGGAGGAAUUGAACAUCAGAGUAGUAAUAUUCUCAUGUCGAAAAUAUCACGGAAUAUGAAAUGAAUAUCCUUCUUCCAUUCUAAACACAACACAAUGUAGACAACCCUUUGUAGACACUGGAGUUCUGUAAUAUAAUCAAUACAAAUGAUGACAAUGAUAAUAAAAAUGGCUGUCCUUGUUGUUUUAUAAAAGUAUUGUGAAAAUUGUAAGAAAGUUAAAAGUAUUUAAAGAAAUUGUUCUUGUGUUUUUUUAUUUGCUUUGGUUUUGUUAUGAUAAUAUAUUAUUGUGUACCUAUUGUAAAUAUGAAGCACACCUAUUUUGCAAGCCAAGGAUUCACUUUGUACUGUUGUUAUAUAUAAAUAAACUUUGCUGGUUAAAAAAACA